UUUUAUUUUUAUUUUUCUCAAUUUGUUUUCCGAUAAAUAAUGUUUUAAGUGGGUUUUAUCUGAAACUUAUUAUAUAUUUUUUAGCAUUCUUAUGUGUGUUAUAAAACAAAAGUAAAUCUUUUUACUUAGUAUUCUUUCAGUAAACAAUAUUUAAUUAAUUCAAGAUGUCGAUUAAAAGUAAAAUUGUAUUAAUUGUUUUUAUUAUUGUUGUUACAGCACAAUGUGGUAAUUUUUGGAAAAAGUUUCUAAGUAAAUUGAAUAACAAAAUAGACGUACCCAGAUGUUUGAAAUGCAUGGCACAAGAAGCAAAUACAACGUUAGACUUCUGUAGCCAUAAAUAUUGUAAAAAUUGUGUCGAAGAAGCAUUUAACCAUCAUAUGAGAUUUCAAUGUCUUACAUGUAGAAACAAUGUUGAUGCAGCUAGCACCAUUGAGAAUGUAAGAAUAUAUAAAAAAUGCGAUAAUCAAAAUGAACAUCAGAUAACAAAACUUAUACCCUGCAAUCAUAUAUUUUGUUCUGAAUGUGCAUUUGAAAUGGUUGUAAAGAAUAUGUGUCGAGAUUGUAAAAAAAAUGUUACAAGUUUUGACACAGUGUAGUAAAAUUUAAUGAAACACAAUUUUAUACAUUUAUCUAAUCUGUGAUUAUAUUAUAAUAUAAGAAAUUAAAGAAUU